GUUUGAUUUCCUGGCACACCUGCAAAAUUAAAUUUAGGGCAAUGUUCCCCACAAAACAUCUUGUUGUAGAGGUAAAUACACAUAUAAUCUGGGACGCUGGGUUUUAGAUUAGUAGAGAGAAGAAGAGAGAGGGGGGCUGACCGCAAGGGUUUAGAGAAUUCGAGGCAGCUCAACUCAGCUCAUUCAAAUGGCGCGUCCAACCGCAAAUAACAUCCGACACCUUUUACGCAUUGCACGAGCACCCUUCAAAGAUUCUCUUGCGGUCGAUACUGCCCUGGAUGCGAAUUUGUGUGCUCCCGCAUCUGGAAUCUCUACAUUUUCUGGGCACUUCAAACGUUCUGUUUUCCAGCAACACCUACCAGCUCGUGAAAGGGAGAAUGUCUUUAGCAACAAAGAAUUUAGAGCUAUAUCAUUUAAGAGGAGUUUUCAUGCUACAGGGAUGACUGGGAUGGCUGCCAGAGACUUCUAUGAGAUUCUUGGAAUAAGCAAGGAUGCAGGUCAAGGAGAAAUCAAGAAGGCUUAUUAUGCGCUUGCGAAGAAGCAUCAUCCUGAUGUAAAUAAAGGGGAUCCAGAUGCAGAGAAAAAAUUUCAGGAAAUUCAACAUGCUUAUGAGGUACUUAAAGAUGAUGAGAAACGAUCACUAUAUGAUAGGGUUGGUCCUGAAGGUUUUGCACAGGCAGAAGCAGGGGGUGGUCCAGGUGGACCGGGUGGUGCAGGCUUUGGGUUUGGGUUUGGUGGUUUUGGAUUUGAGGAUAUGUUUGGAGGAGGAAUGAAUGAGGUUUUGAAGAAUAUGUUCAAUCAAGGGUCACUUGGGGCAGAGGAUGUGAAGGUGACGCUUGAAUUAUCUUUUAUGGAAGCUGUUCAGGGCUGUACUAAGAACCUGUCAUUUCAGGCUUAUGCUGCUUGCUCAUCUUGCAAUGGAAGUGGUGUGCCAGCUGGGACAAAACCUCAGACAUGCAGAGAUUGUAAAGGAUCUGGGACGAUUAGAAGGCAACGGGGUGCAUUUCGGUUGGAAUCUACAUGCUCAACAUGCGGAGGAAGUGGUUCAAUUGUGAAGGAAUUUUGCAAGACGUGCCGCGGAGAUAGAGUUGUAAAAGGACAGAAGAAGAUUACCUUGGAUGUAAUGGCAGGUAUUGAUAAUGGAGAGACAUUAAGAGUUAUUGGACGUGGAGGAACAGAUCCCGAAAGUGGUCAGUCAGGAGAUCUUCUUGUAACCAUAAAGGUUCGUGAAGAUCCUGUAUUUCGUAGAGAAGGUGCAGACAUUCACGUGGAUGAAAACAUAAGCUUCACCCAGGCAAUUCUUGGAGGAACCAUUCAGGUGCCAACUUUAACUGGAGAGGUAGCUUUGAAGGUUCGGCCAGGAACACAGUAUGGUCAAAAGGUUAUGUUGAAAGGAAAAGGCAUUAAAUUAAGACGCUCAAGCCAGUUUGGAAAUCAAUAUGUACAUUUUCGAGUCACCAUUCCAUCGAGUAUAACAAAGAGGCAAAGAGAACUGAUUGAAGAAUUUGCAAAAGAAGAAAAUAGUGAUGAUGAAAAGAGAGCUGUUGAAGCAAGUGGUUAACCUGUUUUUUUGUUAGAAAGACCUAAGCUGCCAUUUUUUCUAAAGCUCAGCCAAUACUGAGCAAGGUAUAAUCAGGCGGGCCAUUCAAAGAAUGAUUUUUUCUGAUGUUUCUUAUUAUAUCCUAGUAUCACACCAUUGCUUAGUAUUCUACGGGAGUGGCUUUUUGCAUCGUUCACUUCCAUUUCUUUGAGAGUACAUUCUAUAUUACCAUCAUUUGCCACAUUGAGUUUUACAUUACAAGCAGAAGUCACGUGUUAAAUUUGACUGUCUUGAUAACAAGAUUGAGAUAUAUGACAAGGCACAUAUGCCAAAUGUUUAAAGAAAUUGUAUAUUAUUGAUUGUACCAAAAAACUGAUAAUGAGCAUUCAUUCAUGAUUA